AUGCGUCACUUAACCGUACCCACCAGCGGCCUCUCAACCGCCCCCUCCUCCAAAAGCGCCCUCUCCUCCUCCAAAAGCGCCCUCUCCUCCUCCCCACCCCCCUCCCCAUCCAUCCCAAGCGCAACCCUCAUCCUCCUCGCCGCCUCCUGCGUAUCCCUGAUCAAGCACCACACAAACCCCACAACCUUCCCACACCUCCUCCACACUCCCCUCCACCCCGUCCCCAACACCAGCAACCCCACCGCAUACACCCCCAAGACCACCAUCGUGAACGGCGCAAACGACACACCCAUCACGAUAUGUAGCCCCAAAUAA